GGGACGCGCCGCCGGGGGAAGCGCGCGGCCGCGAGCCCGGGCGCCAUUUUGGUUUCUGUCUCUGGGCCGCGGCGCCGAGAACCUACGCGGUGGCUGCAGCUCCCUGCAGCCGUUCUUCUCCCGGCGACGAAGGGACCCAGGAGAAGGACACGGACGGCGCGAGACUGAGGAGGGCGGCUUCUCUCCGGGCAGCCAGAGCCGCAAAGGUGGAGCCGCGUUGGCGUCCCCCAGGCGACCAGCGCUUCGGAUGCGGGCGGAGCGCGGGGGGCCGCGGCGGCGGGAGCGCGAGGCGCGGGGCCCGCGGGGCCUCAUGUGAGAGCCGCGGGACCAGCCGCCCCCGGAGUCCGGGGUGGAGCGUGGGGGAAGCCGCCCUCGGCAGCAGGAUGAAACGAGGAGGAGGAAGAGAUAGUGGCCAUGAUUCAUCAGAAGAAAGUAUUGCCGAGAAAUCCAAGAGACUGCGGACUGCAAGUGAGCAUUCUCAGACUUGUGAUUGGGGUAAUCUCCUUCAGGACAUUGUUCUCCAAGUAUUUAAGUAUUUGCCUCUUCUUGACCGGGCUCAUGCUUCACAAGUUUGCCGCAACUGGAACCAGGUAUUUCACAUGCCUGACUUGUGGAGAUGUUUUGAAUUUGAACUGAAUCAGCCAGCUACGUCUUAUUUGAAAGCUACACAUCCAGAGCUGAUCAAACAGAUUAUUAAAAGACAUUCAAAUCAUCUACAAUACGUCAGCUUCAAGGUGGACAGCAGCAAAGAAUCAGCUGAAGCAGCUUGUGAUAUAUUAUCACAACUUGUGAACUGCUCUUUAAAAACACUUGGACUUAUUUCAACUGCUCGGCCAAGCUUUAUGGAUUUACCAAAGUCUCACUUUAUCUCUGCACUGACGGUUGUGUUUGUAAACUCCAAAUCCUUGUCCUCGCUGAAGAUAGACGACACGCCAGUAGACGACCCGUCGCUCAAAGUCCUCGUGGCCAACAACAGUGAUACGCUCAGGCUGCUCAAAAUGAGCAGCUGCCCUCAUGUCUCUCCAGCAGGUAUCCUGUGUGUGGCUGAUCAGUGUCAUGGCUUACGUGAACUGGCCCUGAAUUACCACUUGUUAAGUGAUGAAUUACUGCUUGCUUUAUCUUCUGAAAAACAUGUUCGAUUAGAACAUUUGCGCAUUGAUGUAGUCAGUGAGAAUCCGGGACAGACUCACUUCCAUACCAUUCAGAAGAGCAGCUGGGAUGCUUUCAUCAGACAUUCACCCAAAGUGAACUUGGUGAUGUAUUUUUUUUUAUAUGAAGAGGAAUUUGAUCCAUUCUUUCGGUAUGAAAUACCUGCCACCCAUCUUUACUUUGGGAGAUCAGUAAGCAAAGAUGUGCUUGGCCGUGUGGGAAUGACAUGUCCUAGACUAGUUGAACUGGUAGUGUGUGCUAAUGGAUUACGGCCGCUUGAUGAAGAGUUAAUUCGCAUUGCAGAACGUUGUAAAAAUUUGUCAGCUAUUGGACUAGGGGAAUGUGAAGUCUCAUGUAGUGCCUUUGUUGAGUUUGUGAAGAUGUGUGGUGGCCGCCUGUCACAAUUAUCCAUUAUGGAAGAAGUAUUAAUUCCUGACCAAAAGUAUAGUUUGGAGCAGAUUCACUGGGAAGUGUCUAAGCAUCUUGGCAGAGUGUGGUUUCCAGACAUGAUGCCCACUUGGUAAGGGCCAGAUGACCUAGGGCAUGAAGAACAGCACCUUAAUUUUAACAUACUGUAUUAUAAUAAAAGUUUAUUUCCGGUAGGUCUGAUACAGUUCUUCUAUUUUGUGGCACAGAAAUUUGAUACCUUCGUUGAGUAUAUAAGGGUUGUAUUUUGGAAGACUCAUGGCCCAGUUUUGGUCAGAAAACUUAAUCUAUUUCUCUAAUAUCAAUCAGAUCUCAGAUAAUUAAAAAGUGAUUCAGAUCUGAAAUAACCAGUAAUAAAGAUUAAAUAUUUUAUAGUCUGAAGGAAACAAAUCCUAUACAUUGUAAUAUCUAAUAAGUAAGUACUAAUAAGUUUUCCAAAAUAUUCUCUAUGCAUUUUUUUAAAAAAUGUAAACUUGACAUUUUAGGGUCUUCAGUUAUACAUACACCUGUUAUAAGGUGUUUAAUAUAGCUCAGGAAAGAGCGUUUUGUGAGAAAACUUUAGGAUAUAUUGAAUCUCAUGAAGAAGAUUGGUUGGAUGUUCUAAAAUGUUGCAGAGCUAUUUAAAGAGGUAUAUGUAGUUAAUUGGAACACUUAAACUGAUGUCACACAGGGAUUAUUACAGAAAGAUAAUACAUAGAGCCAAGAUCAAAUUAAAGGAAAAUAAGUGGACUAGAAGGGAGGCAAUGUUUAGCUUUGUGUAAAGUUUUAGGAUUGCUCUAUAAUCUGCUAAACUAUUAUCAGUUCUUUUCUGUGAUACAUUACCAUGUAUGUGGCACUUGGGGCAUCAUAUGUAGAGUAAGGAAUGCUUUACCAGUUCUUCUUGGGUUUAUCUUUGUUUAAACUAGUUUUGAAGCAUUAUAUAAUAAUUGAAAUGAGAAGCUUAUGUAUUUCAAAAAACCAAAUUGAAAUAAAGGUAGAACUUAAAAAUGUUUAUAAAUUGUUUCCAUGAAAGAAUAUUAGUCUCCAGUGAAUUUUAGUGAUGGCUCAUUUUUACAUUUUCAAAUUACAUAGUUAUGUAAGUAGAAUUUUCAAAAAAUUACAAAAGGAUCACCAAUGUACAGUUCAGCAUAAACAGUAAAUUUAAAAGAGCAUAUAUUUAAGUUCAUAAUCACAUUUUUGAGUAACUAUUGCUCAGUGGACUGGAAAAUUUUAAUAGAAAAAUGUGUUUUGUGGUUGUUAAUUUGGUUACACUGGUAUUUUACAUUAUUUAAGUUAGGUAGCAUUUUUACUACUUUCAUAUGAAUAAGGUAAUGUAUACAUUGUAGAAACUGUAAAAAUACUAGGUUUGGGGCUCUCUUUGGUUUUUAGGUAUUAUAUAAACCUUGAUUCUGGGCACUAGCGCUGGUAGAAGUUCCCUCCUAGGGGAGAUCAGAAGUGAUCUACCCCAGUGCAUACAUUAGUGCUUGAAACGUAGGAAGCACCUUGGUAGAUAUGGAAGCCAAGUCUUAUGAAUCUAUUUUUCAAAUAGAUCACCUUCCUAAGAAUAAAAGUGAUUUUCUAAAUAAUUUGUGCUUUCAAAAGUGAUGGUAUUCUGACCACAUAUAAAUGGAAGAAAAAAGGCUGAUCUAGAUAUGGAAAUUAAAAGCAAUUAUUAUAUAUUCCUCCCUCUUACUAAACUUAAGUAAAAAAGCUUGGAUUGUACAAGAAAUACCUGUUAGUGGAUAAGGCUUUUUUCUUUGAAAAACUUUGGGAAAUGGAUUUGACAGUAUGUAAUCAGUUCUACUAACCAAAGCUUUAUUUGGAAAUGUACUUUUUGUACAAAUUGAAUUAUAUAAUGCUUGAAAUACUUUUGUCACUUUAUAAGCAAAAUGCAUAGCACUUAAUUUGUUUAUACUGUAAAGUAUAUGUUAAAUGCUUUUAUCAAUUUGAGAAUAAAGAUAGUUACUAA